AUGGUCAUAACUGGAAGUAAUUCUUCUAUGGUUCAAACCCUCAUUACUCGGCUUUCCAAGGAAUUCUCCAUGAAGGAUUUGGGUGAUCUUCAUUAUUUCCUCGGCGUUGAAGUGCAAGCUAAUGAGAAGGGUUUGUUUCUCAGUCAAACGAAGUAUGCCCUUGAUUUGUUGCAACGUGCUUCAAUGAUUGAUGCAAAGCCUAUUUCUACACCCUAUGUUGUUGGUCAACAUCUCUCAACUAAAGGAAAAUUGUUCUCCGAUCCUACUAUGUUUCGUUCACUUGCAGGUGCUCUUCAAUACCUGACCAUCACCAGCUCGUAUCUCUCCUUUAGUGUGAAUUCUAUUUUCCAAUUCAUGCAUGCUCCCACUGAGGACCACUUUCAUGCUCUCAAGCGCAUUUUGCGCUAUGUUAAGGGCACUCCUCAUCAUGGACUUCAAUUCCAUCAACAAUCGACUUAUGAUAUUCUUGCUUACUUUGAUGUAGACUGGGCAAGUUGUCUUGAUACACGUUGUUCCACUACUGGCUACGCUAUUUUUUUGGGUACCAAUUUGGUUUCUUGGUUCUCUAAGAAACAAAGCACUGUCUCUCGAUCAAGUGCCAAAGCAGAAUAUCGCUCUUUAGCUGUUGCCAUUGCUGAUAUUGCCUGGAUUGUUCAACUACUUCGGGACCUCCAUGUUACACUCUCAACAACACCUAAAAUUCUUUGUGACAAUCAAAGUGCAAUUUUUAUGGCAGUCAAUCUGGUUACUCGCCCUCGCUCAAAACAUAUUGCGAUCGACUACCACUUUGUUCGUGAACUUGUUGCUAAUGGCAAUUUGAAAGUUGAUUUUAUCCCUUCACAUCUCCAGCUAGCUGAUUCAUUGACCAAAGGCGUCACCAAGCCUCAGUUCUUUUUCUUCCGAACAAGCUCAACGUUAUCCCUUCUCCCACGCUCACCUUGUAAGGGGUUGAUAAGGGAAUAA